CCACUAUGAGUACCUACUUCCAGUACCCGACUCCCGAGCUGCAGGAGGAGCUCAGGAAGAUCGCUCAGGCGAUCGUAGCUCCUGGCAAGGGUAUCCUUGCCGCUGAUGAGUCCACCGGUACCAUGGGCAAGCGUCUCCAAGACAUCGGUGUGGAGAACACAGAGGAGAACCGCCGCAAGUACCGCCAGCUGCUCUUCAGCUCUGACCCCGUGGUCUCCGAAAACAUCUCCGGCGUGAUCUUGUUCCACGAGACUCUCUACCAGAAGGCUGAUGAUGGCACGCCCCUGGUAGCCCUCUUGGAGAAGCGUGGUAUCAUCCCCGGCAUCAAGGUCGACAAGGGUGUUGUGCCCCUGUUCGGCUCUGAAGAUGAGUGCACCACUCAGGGUCUCGAUGACUUGGCCCAGCGCUGCGCUCAGUACAAGAAGGACGGCUGCCACUUCGCCAAAUGGCGUUGUGUCCUCAAGAUCGGCCGCUUCACUCCUUCCUACCAGGCGAUCAUGGAGAACGCGAACGUCUUGGCUCGCUAUGCCUCCAUCUGCCAGAGCCAGCGCAUCGUGCCCAUCGUCGAGCCCGAGGUGUUGCCUGAUGGUGACCACGACCUUGACCGCGCCCAGAAGGUGACCGAGGUCGUCUUGGCUGCCGUCUACAAGGCACUCAGCGACCACCACGUCUACCUCGAGGGUACCCUCCUCAAGCCCAACAUGGUGACUCCCGGUCAAGGCUGCAAGAAGACUUACACUCCCAUGGACAUUGGCCGCGCCACCGUCACUGCUCUGCUCAGGACUGUGCCUGCUGCCGUUCCCGGAGUAACAUUCCUGUCUGGCGGUCAGUCCGAAGAGGAGGCGUCAGUGAACCUGAAUGCCAUCAACACGGUCGACCUGAAGAGGCCGUGGGCCCUCACCUUCAGCUACGGCCGUGCCCUCCAGGCCUCCGUCCUCCGGGCCUGGGCCGGCAAGCCUGAGAACGUGCUCGCUGGACAGCAGGAGCUCAUCAAGCGCGCUAAGGCCAAUGGUUUGGCUUGCGUUGGCAAGUACGAAGCUGGGUCCAUCCCAUCGUUGGCAGCUGACAAGUCCAACUUCGUUAAAUCGCAUGCCUACUAGAAAGUUUUAUGUUAAACAAAGAACUAUUUUUUCGUCAAUAACUUAAAUACUUUGCCAUGUUAUGGUCGAAUUAAAUUAAAUGGCUGCUUUGGGCGAAGUCUCAAAUACAAUGAAGUUAUUUUAUAAAAAAAAGUCGGAUUGCAACUUUUACAUUCCAUAAAGAAUGAAAGCUGUUUAAUUUUGAUCAAAUCACAAAUUUUAUCUCGAAUUGUGAUCCAUAAUAUGGCAUUUAUUUUUUACUCUUUAAGUUUUAUAAUUAUAUAUUUAUGCUAAGUUGUUUUUAAUCAAGAUAAAAUUUAUUAAUACUGAAUCCUUGACCAAUUUUGACCGAUUUUGCCAGUUGUAUUAUUUGUAAAGGUUCUAACUUCAUAACACUUAACUCGUAUCCUGAAUCAGGUAAGUGUAAAGAAAAAAAACAUCACAAUUUUAUCAUUAAAUGGGUUUUCAUUUACAAAUAAUACAACAUUUAGUCGUAAAAAACCAUGAUAACACGUUUAAAAUUUAAAACAAAAUGGCGGCGACUCAUCUUUUACUUACAAAUAAGUGUAAGCGACACGUAAGAAAACUUGGGGUAGCCCUGGUAACUGGGUUGAGGAGGUCAGAUAGGCAGUCGCUCCUUGUAAAACACUGGUACUCAGCUGCAUUCAGAUAGACUGGAAGCCGACCCCCAAUAUAGUUGGGAAAAGGCUAGGCAGAUGAUCAUGACACGCAAGAAAAACAGAAUAACCGCCAUUUUCUCGUUCUAAUUUUAAACGUGUUAUAGUUUGCAUGUAUUAUCCAAUAGUAUGCUUGAAUAGUGUGUAGUACCAACACUAUUUGCUUUGUGUGUAUAACAUUGUUGAAAUAAAUAAUUAUAAUUGUU